CUAGCCUACUACGAGGGGGAGAGGGUUUGUAGGAGGGGCUUAAACUUAUACAUCUCUUAUAUUGAAAGUUCGAGCCAGUGGCUGGGAUAAUUUUUAUUUUAUCCUGAAACUGAACAUUAUCCGCUGUAACCAUCCACCUCUCGCACCUGGCAAUACACCUGCCUGUUGUUACCGUCAACACCCGCACGAGACCUCCGGGCUUCACUAACGCUGUAAGGAUGAAGAUUGAGAACAGCCUGCCCCGCCCCCAGCUCCCCGAGACUCCGCCCCAGACAGGCCUGCAGUUCACCGUGGCGACGGAGGAGGACUUUGAUGAGAUCAUGGCCAUAAGCCAAGACAUCUACGGAGGGCUUGACUACCUACCGACCCGCUACACCGCCUGGCUAUCCGAGUCCAACCGCACUGUCAUACUGGCCCGCAAGCAGGGCAAAGUGAUUGCCCUGGAGUCGGUGUGUGUGAUUGACGAUGGUGAGACCAUGCUGGUGGAGGGGUUACGUGUGGCCCCCCAGGAAAGGGGGAAGGGCGUGGCAGGGGUGCUGCUGCGGUUCUGCUCUCAACUGGUCAAGUCCAAGUGGCCUGAGGUGAAGGUGACCAGGCUGACCCGUGACGACCAGCUGGGGCCCAAGGACUUCCAGAAGUACCGCCUCAUCACCAAACAGGGCAUACUGCUGGUUCGCUUCAACGCUGAAGAUCUCAAGCUCCGGCUCUCCGAACUGGGACCGGUUGUGACCCUCCCCACCUACUCCGAAGGUACCCCCCAGGGUUCUGACACCCCUCUGGUUCCCCCUGUCCUUCUGGACCUCAACGAGGCCCACCAGAUGUUCCUCAACUCGGGCCUGAUGUCCAACGUGCUCCCCAACGCUACCAUCGUCCAGGACUGGCAGCCGUUCAAGCCAGUGCACAGCAACAUGGUCAUUCUUCUGAAGAAGGACAUCGACUGGAUGGUGGACGACCGCUACACCCCCACUGUGGCCAGCCUGUGCACCCACCCCUUCUGGGUUCCUGGAGGUCCUCGCGGAGUUGGGACGGACACGUACUACCUCAACAUCGACGUGUUUGGCAAGGACAUAGGCCUGGCUCUCCAUCAGUUCCUGAGUCACCUGAGGCGCCACGCCACCACCCUGAAGGGGCAUGUCAUGUGCCAGAUGUUCCUGGAUCCUCCCAUGUGGAAACCCAUGGCCGAGUUCUGUUGCCAGACACUGAAUGUGGAGCUGGUGAAGGAAUACACGGAGCAAUGCGUGGUCGAGUCGGAUGUCGUGUAGCCCGGAGGAAGAGGAAGGAGGAAGAGGAAGAGGAGAGACAAGAUGGAAGAAGAAGUAACAUGAAAUCAUUUUAAAAGUUUCCAGAGACACAAUGAACGAAUGAACCUCAUUCUCUUUCGAAAAUGAAAUGGAACAUUUCCCCAAGAAACUUCAGAAGGAUUGGCAACAACCUCGCUAAGCAACUAUAGCGAAACACCUCAGAAGCUGCAUAAUAUUUGCAAUAUGUUUGAUUUGAACACUACCGCUAGCAGAAAUAUUUUACACAAAAAAAAGCAGCUACAUGAAAAGCUUUUGACUAAUUAGUUUGAAUUAGCUUCUCACCAUUUUUUUAAAAACCAUUCAAUCAUUUAAACAAAUCUAGCUCUUAACAACAGGAUGCUAAUGUUAUUCCUUUAAAAAAGAAAAAAAGACAAAUGCAAGCUAGCUUGGAGAAUAUCAUGCCUUUCAAUCCUUUUCAUGUAACUAUAAAGUAUAAAUAUGUACACAUUCUGAAUUGCAAAUAAGUCUGCACAACUCUUGAGGCACUUUAUGAAACCAUAUGGGCUGUUGUGCUAAAGUGCAAGUGAUGACGGGAGGAGGAGAGGAGUCGUUUAACUUUUAGAAAUAACAGAAUAUAACUAAUUCAGAACGCAUCACUCCCUUGGUAACGGUAGAAAUCCUUAUGGACCUAAUCUAUCUAACACCAUAUCCCCAAAUACUGUCCAACAAACAAUAGCCCUUCAGUGAAUCUUACAGAGCAUUUGCACGCUUAUAAUUCACACAAAAUGGCUGAAACGAAACAGCUAUAAUUACACUUAGCUUAUAACACUAAAACAUGGCCAGUUUGCAUUUAAAACAAUUUCAUUUUUUUUUAAACAAUUGCUCAGUUGUUUUGUUUUUAUGUUUUUAAGCACUUAAUCAUAUUGCUAAUUUAUUGUUACUUUUCCUCGUGUACUUGAAUGCAACCGUAGUAUCUAAAGAGGUAAUAUAUUAUCAGCAGAAGCUUUCUGGAGGCUUUCUAAUACUUAAUGUGCAAUCCAAGCUUACUCUAUAGUACAUUGCUAGUAGUGUGAAAAAGGGAGCUGUACUUACUUUACAGUAAACCACAAAGACUAAAACAAUUUAACUUAUGUAGUUCUGAUUGACUUAACAUUAACAACAUUGUUCGGUAGCUAGAGAAAUAUUUCCAUGGUAAAUGUCGCCAUCGCAAAUAUUAGCUGACAACCUUUGUAAAGACUGAAUUGUAGUCCCUCAUCAACAUAGACUCAGUCAUCAGACAUGCUGUGAAACAGCCCUCUGAAACCAUUUUAAGCUUCGUAGUCACUCUAAGAUGCUUCAUAACCCCUCUACGAAGCUCCAUAGCUACCCUAAGAAGCUUCAUAAGCUUUGGGACAUGAUCAGAGCUCAGAUAAGCAAAUGGGACACCCUUUGCUCUCGAAAGUUUCAUAACCACUCUACUAAGCUUCAUAGCCACUCUAAGAAGCUUUAUAAGCUUUCGGCUCUUGAACGUUCCCUUUAAGACAUGAUGCCCUUGACAUUAUGUAGCACUGAACGAGCCUACAUUGCAACCCCCAACAUGAGACAAAAACCACUACAGAUCAGUUACUGGCCACUUCACUGACUCCAACCUGCCCUCGUUGUAAAAGGGACCUUGUUGUAAAGGAUGAAAUGGACGGAGGAAGAGAAUAGCUUUUUAUUUUUUGGUAGACUGAUCAGUGGUUUGCCUGUCUUUCCCUGACUCUAAAGGAUGAACGCACUCACCCAUGAUAAAUUAAGGAUUUAGGACUGGAUCAAUAUCGGACGAUGGAUGAGAUGCCUGGAGGAAGUGGAAUGAAGAAUGAAGUAAAUUACAUACCGGAUUACAUAUUCUUCAAACCAACAAAACAAUACUUUGUCAAGGCUGACAAUGAUUUUCUCAGUUCUCUGAGAAGCACUUCCUAUUUUUUUCACCGAUCGAAGAAGCAAACGUGGACUGACCCCCCUUCUUUUGCUGUGGCGAGUCGUGAGGAAGCCAAAGAUGAAGAUGAAGAUGUGAGUGGCCUGACUUCAGUGGCGAAGAGAAGAAGUAGUACACAAUCAUUCCUACACCACCCCACCCUUGUCUCUAAAGGCAUUCCCCUACACAACGUACGAAACCCCACAUGAAACCCCCCAAUCAAAUCAUAUCUAAGAAAUUCUCCAUCAUAUGGGAAGGUGGAGCUUUUCCUCACAAGCCCAUACAACCCCUCUCUCUUUCCAUCUCUCUUCAUAAACAGAUUGAAGACCAAUUUAAAGCCACUGAGUUUAAAACAUCACUAUGUAGGUUAUCUAAAUCUCUUGGCUGGUCAAAGCUAAGGUUCCCUGGAUGCACUGUCGUAUCCAUGCCGACCAUCUGGUGUAUGUAAAUGAUCUUGGAGAGCGUGCUUUCCUGCUGCUAGUGUGUGCCCACGAGACAAGAUGAUUUACCAAACGUAUUGUUCAGAAAACCGCCUAGUUAAAUUUCUCCCUAUUUUUUAAAGCUGGUUUGAACAAUUCAGAUUUUGGCUUCGUAGGCUACGCCACAACACGAGAGUAGUCAUUUUGAAUUUACCUUGGUGGUGGUUGGACAUUUAAUGAAUAGAGCUCAGUGUAUUUACAAAAAGGUCACUGAGAUGGGAGAAUAUGAGCUAAUUUGUCUCUUUGAUUUUAAAAACAUUUGAAAAACUCCAGUCCAGUCCACACCCCAUAUCUGUGUCUGUCGGACUGCACGAUUGGCAAAUGGAAAGCAGUUCUACUGUUACUUCAUGUUCUCCUUAUCUCGCCAUGGUAAAGAUGGAGCUUUCAGUUGUUAAAAGCAUCUGAGUGCGAGUGGGGAGUGUGAUUUUAUAAUUCCACAGUGUCACAGUGGUGUUGGUGUUAGUGGUGGUAGUGGACUUUGCAUGGUCACAGACACACAGUGUUGUAUUGUAUGACUGCCGAUAUACCCUGCAGAGUCCACAGAUCAACUGAUCCAAUGGCUUUCCAAGACCAUAUGGCUAAAAUGGAUACCAGUACAUACCGCAGCACGUCCAGGGAUACGACAGUUUGGAGGGUAUUUGGUUGGAGGGUGAACACAAUCUUUGAUAUGAUGCACAGAGACAUGUAUUAAAAACUUAAAAACUAUUCCCACAGCCUCACCACGCCCAUGCAAUCUAUUGCCCAAAUGCCCACUACUUUCCCACCCAACAACAUGUUCUAAUCAAUGUUGUAUCCACUACUACGAUAGAGACAAGGUUGUUGUCAUUCAAACUGCCUCAGUCCUCAACAUACCCAUCCAGUAAAGACUAUAUCCCACCUCCAUCUUCAUACGGACUAGACAUGAUGGUUUUUAUCUUAACUGUUGUCUGGUGAAUUGGUGGUUUGUCACCUGGUAUAUUUCUGUACUGUAUAUUUCUAUAUUUGACAUGCAGAUAUAUGCACAGUGUUUCAGGGGGAUGUGAAUGUUGAAAUAAGAUGCAGUACUGUAGGUGUCUUUUGUCUUGUUCUUAAAGGUAUGUUUUGUGUGUUUGAGGGAAAGCUCGAAGGAGAAUGUUUGGCAGAGAUCCAAGGAGAUUUGAUUGGUUAUAGUGCUCCAAAUCUGAUAAUUCCGGACUCAUUCCAGAAUUAAAAUAAUUCCGGGCACUCUUAAAAGAUUAUGUAGCAGUACAAGUCAUCCACUGUUGUAAAAUGGGAACUCUCCUUCCUCCCUUGUCCCCCAUUCCACACACACACAGCCGAGAGAACAAAUGGUGUUGAACCAACAGCUUUGGGAAUAGAUAUGACGAACAGGGUCGAUAUUUAAGGGUUUCCUAAAGCACUGUGUAUUAGUACGUGACAUGCAUUUUACAUGUGAAAGAUACUGUAUGGUUAUGUACUAAACCAGGAGGAGGGUAUUUAAUACUCUCCCUUGAUUAGGGGGUUCGUAACACAAUGAGGUUACUGUUACUGCACUGUGCUGCCAUUGAAUCGGAGCUCGGUCUGAGGGCGGUAAAGUAAGCACUUUGUUCAGCCGAUUCAUUGGCUCUCUGCUGCUGUGAUAAUGUCGGGGAGGGCAGCAGGGUGAAGUGAAACCGAAAGGAUGUGACAUCAGUCAUUCAUAGUUCUAACUGAACAGCUGGUGUGUUUUGAUGUGUUCUGUCCCGCUGUCAUCGUCGUCAAGGUCGAUGUUAAUCAGCCACCGUUAUGGAGCAAACGUUAGAUUGAGACUAAACACCCUGUGUGUCAUCAGUUCAAGCGCACUGUGCUUGUCCAUUGCCGCGACAGACAAAGAACUAUUUUUGAAUAAGUGAAAUGGUGGAGGUGGAGGUCAUAAAGAUGAGGGGGAUGGAGGAAGGAGAGGUCAGGGAGAGAGGGAAGGAGGGAUGGUGUGGGUGUUGUGGAGGAGGAGAUUAGGGAGUUUCUCUCUGUCUCUUAUUGCAGUACCUAAGUAGGUUACAGAACCCUGAAAAAGUAUAUGAAGCUUUGUCGCCAAGCUAAGAUGCUUUAUAACCACUCUAUGAAGCUCCACACGGUAGAGUCUGAUCUUUAACCCACAUGCACAGUAUGUGGGUAAAAGUUCAGACAAAAACAUGGGGGAGACAGAGAUAGCAACAGUAGGGAGAGGUGAAUGACAAUAGAGGACCAAGCCGGUCAAACUAUUUAUAUCUACUACAUUGUUAUGUAUCCACACUAUGUACCCUUCUAGUGUCUAGGGCAGAGCACAUGACUUCCUGGUUCUCUAGCUACCCAUGGACAGCAGGUGUAAAACGCCGGUGACAAUUUAUCACUCACAACGCUGACAUUGAGACACUGACUAGACCAGAGCUCUCCAACCCUGUUCCUGGAGAGCUACCCUCCUGCAGCUUUUAACCCCAGUUGUAACUAACCUGAUUUAGCUUAUCAACCAGCUGGGUUAUUAGAAUCAGGUUCGCCAGUUUAGGGUUGGAGUGAAAUCCGUGAGGAAGUCAAGUUAAAGCUGUUCUGUUUGCAGACUGAGGCUGUGUUCAGAGUGAACAUCUAUUCCCUACAUAGUGCACACUAGGCAAUAGUGUGCCAUUUGGGACGCACAAUCAGUGUCCUUUCCAAGCUAAAAUACAUUUGGCUUAUCGUUGAAUCCCCUAUGGUGAGGUGAGAGCCAGCAAGGUUUGUAUUUAUAUCUAUAGGCUAACUCCACAUGAGAUGGAGUUGAAGGCCCGUCACCUGCUGAUAUUAGGAUACAUGAUACAGUAAGGCCCCUUAAACACACACUCACACACACACACACACACACACACACACUUUAUACACAGACAGAAGAGUCUAUUCCUCUCCUAAACUGCUUACUGCUUAGCCAGUGACAUUUAAGAGGCUACGACGACAGUUAGCUAGAGUUUCAGAUUUGUGUGUGUGUGGGUACGUGUGUAGAUGUGUAGAUGUGUGUGGGUGUGUGUGUGUGUGUGUGAGUGAGUGUGUGUCUGUGUGUGUAAUCUGUCGAUGUGUCACAGUGUCUGGUUGCACGGCGAGAGACACAGAGACCCUUUUCAGACAGAUUUCUCAGCUGGUUGUGAAUGGAAAGUCUGGGUGUGUCCCAAAUGGCACCAUGCUACCUAUGUAGGGUACUACUUUUAACAAGGGCCCAUAGGGAAUAGGGCGAGAUUUGGGGCAACAACUCUGCGAAAGAGAGAACGGGGGGAAGGGGCAGAGGAAAAAGUGGGAAGGGGGAGAGGUUAGGGAAAAGAGAGAGAGUUUUUCAGAUGCUUGUUGUGGGUUUUGGAGAGAGACAGAUGGGUACCUACAGUACUGUCUGGUUUUAUGGCUGUUGGAAGCUGCUGCUGGUGAAAGUGGUUUUGGCUGGGUGUUUAAUAAGGAUCUAGGACUGCGUGGAAUGGAUUCAAACAGCUGUCUCGACCAGUUAUUGGGAUCGAGUAGCCACGAGUAAUGUAUAUGUACACACACACACACACACACACACACACACACACACACACACACACGCACACACACGCUUGCACAUUUAACACAUUUGAAAACUAUUUUUUCAUAAUCCUAUUUUUUUAUAUCUUCUAAAUGAGUAAAAGCAAAGACCCUAAUGCGUGUUUUAUUAUGGCCUUGUCAACUUCAGAAAGGGCUGUUGAAUUUAUAUUUCAUUUUGUUCUCGCUUUUUCAUCCAUUCAUUUAUUUGUUUAUUUCUCCUUCUUUUAACCCUCUGUAUUCAGACACGUCUUAAUCUAUGACAAAGAUUAGGAUAAUUUUGUGACCCCAUUUUUGUCUGAACCUGGGAAAGGAAUCAAGAAGAAAAGCUCAAAUGAACCCUUGAUUGCCUGACUACUAGCAAAUAUAAAGUCUUUGCCAAAUUAUUAAAACUGAAAAUAAACUGGAAAGACACAACAAAACUGAAAAGGCAGCUGGAAUUGACCAGUGGGUACAAGCUUUUGAAGUAUGUUCUUCUUAAUGUCCUGCUUAAGGGAAAAACUGAAGAAAAAAAACCUUGUGAAAAAAAACCCAAAUCUAAUCUUACUACUUGGCCAUACUGCACCAUGCCGAUGCCUCUUUUGUGAACAACUACUGUAUGUGUGCUCUUGUGCAAUUAUCUCUUAUGUUACUGUUGAUGCGAAAUACUGUAAGGAACAUGGGAGUGGUAGAAACCGUAGGAAUAGAAACAUGGCCGCUGUUACUGUUGAUUUGAAUGUGAAUGGCCGUUCUAGGAAUUCUAUUUCGAUGGGUGAGAAACGCAGCUGGACCUUCUACCCUAUCAAUCUGUGACCAUGCAUAUAGCCCAAGUGUUGUGAUAGCUAAUGAUGCUAACUGUGCUACAUGCAUGUUAUCCAACCCAAAUUAUCAUCUGACUGUCCUGCAUAUACAGUACAGUAAUAUAUGUGGCCUGGUCACGUUCAUGUGUACAUUGUAAAUAACCUAAAAGCCUAUCGGUCCAUCUAAAGGGCAGAAAACAAGACACAGCAUAUUGUAAUUUUGUACGUUUGAACAGAGAUUUUAGAUGCUAUUGUGCAAGAUAAAAACAAACACUAAAACACCGUUUCUGGUUACGUCUCCACACCCAAGUUCUGAAAACGUUUUAUAUGGGGAAUGAUUUUUCUGUAACACCAGAUGUAAAGGGGGGGGGGGUAGAUUUCUGUGUAACACCAGACAUGGUCAUUCAGUGGGUUUUCAUUCAAUUCAAUUCAAAGUUAUUAGAGCUUUGUGAUGAAAUAGUCCACCAGCACAUUCAUUCCUUAGGUAAUGUUGAGUGAAAACUCUUACUCCGUUUCCUUAUUUCUCUCUUCUUCACAUCCAAACAUGUAAAGAAAAGAAACAGCAUAUUAUUCCCUUUAUAAGGUGGAAUCCACCUGAACACUGGGGUUUUGGGGGUCUGAAGUCGUACCAAAGACUUCUCAGAUGGUCUCCCAAGGCAACGCAGAAAAGACCCAACUGUCAAUCUAUAUAUAUUUGUUAUCCGAAUCAGCUUUGGUUAUCUAUGAUAACAAGGUCCAAACACAGCUUCUCUGUACGACCUACUAUACAAAUUCUCCUAAAUGUACCUGUGCAGAAAUUGACCGAUUCCAAUCAUUGCUGAGCCUGAAAGAGAUUUAACAAUAAUUAGAGAUAUUUUGAGAUUAGAUAUAUCUGGAUACGCUGAAUAAUCAAAUUAAACAAACAGACAGCUGAGGUCAAAGACAUGGCCGCUGUUGCUCAUGAUUGUUUUUAUUUUUCAACAACAAAAAAUAUUCACACUUACCUUGCCAAGCUUUCACUAUAGCGGUCCAACUAAAUGACCAAUGUCUGAAUAAACAUACAUACCUUAUAUAGAUUUAGGUUAGAUGAAAAUGCCCAGACCUUGACCCCUGCUCGGAACCACCAAGGUCAUAGGUCAAAGGUCAUAGAGCAAAGGUUAUGGUUCCGGAGUUUUCAUUUAGCUCUUUUUCCUUGACAUGGCUGCAGCUGUUGAGUAUCCGCUAGAGUUUCACGAUUAUAUACGGACGCACAGUACAGUGUAAAAUAUAUUGUACGUUGAAGCCUAUAUGUCAUUGACAGUUAUAACAGGUUAUAACCAAGAUCCUGUGAGAUAAAAGACAGGAUAUAUAUUCAUUCAUCUCGUAACUUUACAGUUUUAAAUCAUUUUAGUGAGACUUCUUAUUGGAUUCACAGCUGUGUGUCUGUCGAGGUGGUGAAUACAGUGGUCAUGCCAUUUGAAGGUAUGUUGGUAAUCUGGAAAAAAUGUAUCAUUUUUUUUCUUGGUCCUUCUAUUCAUUUUAAUAUUUUAUUUUAUACCCAACUUUCUCUGCUUAUUCUCAAGCGGUGAUUUGGAGAAUUGUCUUUUUUAUUUUUUUUUCUCGUUUUUUAAAUGUAUUAUUAUGUUUUUUUGAUUGUUGUUAUUUUUCAGUUAUCAGAAGCUAUUUUUUUGUGAGACUGAGAUGCAAAACUAUUUUAAAUACAAUACUUUAAAAAACGACUUUACAAUCUACGAGAGAUCUAUGGGAUGUGUUUUUUUCUCUCCAAUUCGGAUGCAAAAAUGUGUGUAUGUUGGGGAUUGACGAUGGGUAUGGAACAGAAACAUGUGGCUAGGUUUAGAUGGGUAUGGAACAGAAACAUGUGGCUAGGUUUACACGGAGUCCGAACACACUCAGCAUAAUACUUAAGAAACGUCUUAAGACAAUACGUAAGAUGCUAAUUAAUAAGAUAUGCAUUUUUACUUUGUCUAAGGCAAUACGUAUUCCUGUUUUGACCUAAUAUUCAAGUUAUGCAUUUUUUUAAGUUGUCAAAGCUAGACAGGUUAGCUAGUAUUAUUAACGUUGUAAAAACUAGACAGGUUAGCUAGUAUUAUUAACGUUGUAAAAACUAGACAGGUUAGCUAGUAUUAUUAACGUUGUAAAAACUAGACAGGUUAGCUAGUAUUAUUAACGUUGUAAAAACUAGACAGGUUAGCUAGUAUUAUUAACGUUGUAAAAACUAGACAGGUUAGCUAGUAUUAUUAACGUUGUAAAAACUAGACAGGUUAGCUAGUAUUAUUAACGUUGUAAAAACUAGACAGGUUAGCUAGUAUUAUUAACGUUGUAAAAACUAGACAGGUUAGCUAGUAUUAUUAACGUUGUAAAAACUAGACAGGUUAGCUAGUAUUAUUAACGUUGUAAAAACUAGACAGGUUAGCUAGUAUUAUUAACGUUGUAAAAACUAGACAGGUUAGCUAGUAUUAUUAACGUUGUAAAAACUAGACAGGUUAGCUAGUAUUAUUAACGUUGUAAAAACUAGACAGGUUAGCUAGUAUUAUUAACGUUGUAAAAACUAGACAGGUUAGCUAGUAUUAUUAACGUUGUAUAGAUAUUAAUGUUGUGCUACUAUUAUUUUGGGGGAAAGUAUAGACUUAGGUAUGGGGCACAGGAUAGAUGUUAAAGUUAAAUAACACACCUCACACACACACACACACACUCCCAAGAUGAUUUUUCAGUGUAAACCUAGCCAUAUACUUACAUGGAAUACAAUUUCUUGAAUGCUUUAUAAUCAUAAAGUGAUGGCUACAAAUGGGUUAGUAGUAGUAUUUAGUGAUAAAAAUGUAUAUAUUUUUUAAUUUUGCUUGCAUUUAUAUAAUAUUGUUGAAGUAGUAGUAAUACUGUAAAAAAAUGUGUACAUUUCAACAUACCUCCCUUUCUCUCCAUUCUCUGGAUAAGUAGUUUAAUCAAGGACAUUUUAACAUCUACAAACAUAUAAACCUUAUUAAGUGUAUAUUGGACAAAACAGCCGUGGAACACAGGAACUUUGUUUAAUUAUAGAAACUAUUGUGAAGUCAAGUCCAGGCUGUUUAUGUAUGUAGUAGUAUUUGAGUAGUAUUUUUGUAGUAGUAUAUUCUGAGAUGAAGUAAUGAUGAAAGUAACAAACAUGGCAGAAAUGCAUAUUGUUAGAAAAUGAAACUCCGCACUACAGAUGGACGUUUUCAAAAGUUCUUUGUUGAUUGUUUCUUUAUUAUAAUUUUUGUUCUUUUUUAAAAAUUUAUUUUUUACUUUCUCUGUUCAGAUUUUUGCCUUUGUUAGGUGUUGUUAGCUAAAAAGAAAACAUUUUUUAAAAACGAAACAACAAGUGCAUGUCAGAAUGUUAAGCUCUUUCUAUAUAUUAAAAGAGCUCACUUUUUGUGUUAGAGUUACGUAAAUUUACAAGGACAAAAAAAAGAAAAGAAACAAGAGAAAUAAAGGUGGGGUGGUGA